AGAUUCGCUCCCAAAUUGAUUUUACGUCAAUCUUCUUCUUCUCACUGUUGAAUGUUGAUUGAGAUUUUUAUAUAACUAAUUUUUUAGAGCCAACAAAAAAUGGCUUUGAAGCCGAACGAAGCUCUGGUUUCUGAUGUUUUUGCUUUUAGUUUCUUGAUGGUGGAAUCGCCGUCUUCAAGUUUACGCAUUGCUUAAAUCGUCCAUUCGUGGAGUAGCGUCGAGUUUCGAAUCGUUUUCUUAAUUUGAUUUGACGUCGUCUCGGGAUUCUGGUUUUUACGAUGGUUCUUCACUGGUGUUGGAUUUAAGCUUGUUCUCUAUCUCCUUGAUGUUCGUGAUCUUUACCAUUCUUGAAUAGGAAGGAUUGCUAUGCCACACAAUUAUGUCCUUCAAAAGCUUUUUUCGCGAGCUAUGGGAAAUCAAAGACGGACUUGCAAUCAAACCGAAGCGAGGGGGAGAAGGAAGGAACUGGCGAAGUCGAACCAGGUCACAUAUUGCACCUGAUGAAGUGCUUCCUCAGCCUGAAGCAGUUCAGCAAGGCCAGUGGGCAAAUUUGCCUCCUGAGUUGCUUUUGGACAUAAUUCGAAGAGUAGAAGAGAGUGAAACCUCGUGGCCUGCUAGGACUGCUGUCUUGUUUUGUGCUUCAGUGUGCAAGUCAUGGAGAAACAUUACGAAGGAAGUUGUCAAAACUCCUGAGCAGUGUGGGAGGCUCACGUUUCCCAUUUCACUGAAACAGCCGGGACCUCGAGACUCCCCAAUUCAAUGCUAUGUUAGAAGGCACCGAGCAUCUUCGACCUAUCGUCUAUACUCCGGAUUGGUGCCUUCGGAGAAUGAAAGUGAUAAACUUUUAUUAGCAGCUAAGAGAGUAAGAAGGGCUACAGGUACAGAUUUUGUUAUAUCACUGGUAGCUGAUGAUUUUUCCUGGACCUGCAAUACCUAUGUAGGCAAAUUAAGGUCCAACUUCUUUGGCACAAAGUUCACCAUGUAUGAUACUCAACCGCCAGUUCUCCCUGUAGUGCAACAGAAUAAUCAAUCAAAUCGUUCAUUUCAUGCUAAGCAAGUCUCUCCAAGAAUGUCAGCUUUUAACUACACUAUAGGGGCAAUCUCUUAUGAGCUUAAUGUUCUACGCACUAGAGGGCCUAGAAGAAUGCACUGUGCCAUGCACUCAAUCCCUGUAUCUUGCAUUCAACAGGGAGGAAAUGCACCGACACCGACGUCAUUCACGGCCUGUGUCGAUGACCAAUGCUCUCCUCUACCAGCUUCUAAAGGAAAGGAGCCAGAGACAGAUGCAAGUUCCACAUGCAUCCAGGGUGCACAGGUUCAAGAUUUGGGAGAAUCCUUGGUUCUUAAGAACAAGGCUCCUAGAUGGCAUGAACAGCUUCGAUGCUGGUGCUUGAACUUCAGAGGACGUGUGACAGUGGCUUCUGUAAAAAACUUUCAACUCGUGGUCGAUGUAGAUCCCGCACUCAACGUGUCGGUUGAAGAACAAGAGAAGAUAAUAUUGCAGUUUGGGAAAAUUGGAACGGACAUCUUCACAAUGGAUUAUCGCUACCCGCUCUCCGCCUUCCAAGCCUUCGCAAUCUGCUUGAGUAGCUUCGACACCAAACCAGCAUGUGAAUAACAAUCCAUCGGAUUCUCAGUGAUUCAGAAUAGAGAGAGUUCGGGCCUCUUAUCAAAACUUUGCCUCUUUGACUUGAAAGCCUCAUGAACUGGAAGGUAAAGCAUUGCACACAGCAAUUCACAAGUACAAGUUAUGGAGCUGAACUCGAUGUAUGCGUGACUAACAUCUGUUGAUCUGAGAUUGUCUUAUAAUUUUACCAUCUCCCUGUUACUGAAAACUUCCCACCAAAGAGCUUAAAAUCAGCCCAAGCUUAGCAACCCUUUUAUCUUUAGUAUUACUAUUAAAAUUCAAAUAUUGCGGCGACGAACCGAA